AUGUCUGUUCGAAUGCUGGAGCCCUCCCCUUGGUACGCGGUUGGGAACCCAACGGCCAUCAUGGCUGUUGUUGUCGUGAUGACUAUUGUGGUGGUCGUUUCUAAGACCAUCUACAACGUUUUCCUACAUCCUCUGUCCGGAUUCCCUGGCCCACCUCUCCGGUCCGCCGUGCAUCUGAUCAACUAUCUGGAAGAAAUUCGUGGUUACCAGGUCAAGAAUGCCAAAUUGCUUCAUGAUAAGUACGGCCCGGUGGUGCGGAUCAGCCCAGACUCACUGUCUUUCAACACGGCGCAGUCCUGGAGAGAUAUAUAUACCGUCAAGCCUGGAAAACCGGAAAUUUCCAAAGACAUGCACUUCUUCACCCAAAGCACCAACGGUCUUCCUAGUAUCUUAGUUUCCAAUUGUCAAGAUCAUGCACGCAUCCGCAAGUUGGUCAUUUACGCCUUCUCCGACUUGGCACUGCGCAAUCAGGAACCGCUUAUGGUUAGCUACAUUGAUCUCUUGAUGAAACAGCUCAAAAAGAGUGUCGACGGUCCCGAAGACGGUCUGGUUGAUCUGAUGUCCUGGUACAUCUUCACGACUUUCGACACAAUCGGCGACCUGUGCUUCUCAGAGCCAUUUAACGCGCUUCAGACAGGGAAGUAUGACCCCUGGAUGGUUAGCGUGCUGAACGGUAUCAAGAACGGCCGAUUUGUCCGCAUGCAGAGACGAUAUCCCGUGUUGGCUGGCAUCGUUCACCUUCUCAAGUGGAUAUCCAGCGGCUCGGCGAUGGUCAAUGUCUCGCGUGAGAAGCACAUGCAGAUCACGCAGGAAAAAACGCAACGUAGGCUGGAUGAAUCAACUCCUCGGAAAGAUAUUGUCACUCCGAUUCUUCAACGCAACAGCGUCGGCAAGGGAAUGAGUCGUCCCGAGAUCGCGCAAACCCUCAUCCUCCUUGUCACAGCUGGCUCCGAGCCUACCGCUGCUGGCCUCAGUGGAGCAACAUUCAACCUGCUCCGUAACCAGGCCGCCCUCGCCUGUCUGCAGGCUGAGGUCCGGAACGCCUUUUCUUCUGCGGACGAGAUCACCAAUCACCGUGCUCAGCAGCUGCCAUACUUACGUGCUGUAAUCGAAGAGGCCUUGCGUCUAUACCCGCCCGUUCCCUCACGGUUUCCCCGUCGCACCGGCAAAGGCGGAGCGGUGAUUGAUGGGCAUUUUGUUCCAGAGAAUGUCUCAGUUGGAACCCACCAGUUUGCAACAUACCAGUCUUCCGCCAACUUCCACAAUCCGGACCAGUUCAUCCCGGAGCGCUGGCUAGGUGAUGCACCAAAAGAAUACACUGGAGACGUUAAGGCUUCAGUGCAGCCGUUUUCGAUGGGUCCGCGGAACUGCCUGGGCAAAAACUUCGCCUACUUGCAAAUUCGUGUUAUUCUAUGCAAGUUGCUGUGGCAUUUUGAUUUGGAACUGGCACCUCAGAGUGCAAAGUGGAAUGAGCAGAAUGCUCAUUUGCUCUGGGAGAUGAAGCCAUUGAUGGUGAAGUUGUCUCAUCGUAAGUUCUAG